UCAGUCAGAUAUUUAAGGAAAGGCGAGGAAUCGAUGCUUUGUCUAAAUGGACUCCCCUGUUAUGCCAGGAGGGGAACAUGGUACGGCCCAAACAAGAUGGCGGCGGGGCCUGAGUAGGCGGCGGGCGCCUCAGGCCGCGAGAUGGGCGAAUGGCAGAGGAUCUUUGCCCGGCAUCGCGCCGUCCCACCACAUCACCAGCGGAGGCGGCACCACGUUCCCCGGGAAUCCACGGCGUUCCAGUGCGUCCUGAAGCGGGUGGAAGGGGACGUCCUGAGGCAGAGAACGCUGGGCAACGCGGCGGAGAUGGAAUUCCAGCUGCGCCUUUCCCUCUUCGAUGCCGCCUACCACCACUUCUUUGGGAAGACCUGGAGGAGCGACACGCAGCCCCUCAAAGCCGUGGCAGGGCAGCCCCCCACUGUCACCUUCAAUGAGACGGUGUACUUCCACACGCCUUUGGCUCACCCGGGCAUCGUCCUGGUGGUGGAGGUCGUGGUUAUGGCCAGGCGGAGGGACGGCAGCCCCCAGGACCUCUCCUGCGGAUUCGGCCUCCUCCCGUUGUUCAGCAGCACCUCGGAGCCGAGCGAGCUGGAUUCCAAGGAGAAAGGGCUCGGCCUUUAUCACGGGACGCCACGGGCCCUUUUGCACCCGCUGAUCCAAGAACCGCUCGCGAAGAACAAGUUCCUGGUGCUGAUGGAGGGGAGCCGGGUGCACUGCCACUUGCAGCUCCACCCGCCCCUGGAGGCCGCCUACCACCUCCUCCCCGAGAACGUCCCCGUUUCCGCCUGGCAGGGCAUCCCUGGUGUCGUAGCUUCCCACGAAGGAGACCCCUUGCAGAAGCCACGGCUCCUGAAGACGACCACCUGCUACUUGGAGAACCUCUCCAUCCACCUCUACCCUUCGUUGGAGAAGUUUGAGGAGGAGCUGCUGGAGUUACUCAUGGCUGACCAGGGCCAGGCGGCGCAGGAGGGGCGCCCGCUGUGCGUGAGGGAGCGGCGGCUCCACCUGGGCGUCCACAGCGGCCUCUGCUUCGCCCAGACGCCCCAGGUGGCCGUGCUGGUGCCCGAGGACGAGGUGGCCCGCCGGUCCCGCCGGAGAACGGGACCCUCUGGGAAGGGCAGUUCGGAGGGGCAGGCGCUGGUCCUGAGGAGCCGCAUCCACCUGACGGAGAUGGUCCGGCACCCGGCCUUUGCGGUGGUCUUCCUGCUGGAGUAUGUCUUCUCCGCGACCGGCGGAUCCAACUUGAAGGCCUGCUCCUCCUCCUCCUCCUCCUCCGCCACCUCCUUGACCACCCCGUCCUACAUGCACGCCGUCCGCUGGGCCGCCUGGAGCCCCUCGGCCCUGGAGGCGGCGGGCGCUGUGGACGUGGUGCUCCCGCUGCACGGAGGAGCCCGGCACAACCCCAGCCACGUCCUGGUGUACAAGACGCCCCCGGCCGGCAGGAGCUCCGAAGAGGUGAAGCAGGUCGAAUCGGGGUCCGUCCAGUUCCGCUUCUCCGUCGGUUCCUCCGAGAAACGUCUGGCCAAGGAGGAGACGCCGACGCCACCGAGUCUCCGGAAGGCCGUGAACCCGGGUUCUCCUCCGUCUCCUCCAAUGCUCGUGUCCACUCGAGAUGAUUCCCGCGGCCCCGGGCUCUCCGUCUCUCAGCUGACCGCGUCUCCGUCCCGCCUGGCGUCCAAGCCCCCCUUGCAGCCCUCCGUCAGUUCAGAAACUCUCAGGCCGGCCGCGCAAGAGAGCGCCAUCACUCACCUGGAGUCGGACCUCAGCCGGAGCUCCCUGGUUGCCCAGGAGGCCUCCUCGGUGGACCACCUCCAGGAGAUGCCCUUCACGCCCGUCCAGGUGCCCAUCAUCGCCCUGGGAAUGCCUUCGAGGAGUUCCAGCACCGUCCUGACCCGGGCCGCCCUGGCCCGCCUGCGUGCCUCCGGUUUCCCGCAACUUCUGGACUGCAACAAGGAGCCGGUUCAAAUAGCAGAGCCAACCGACCCCGUGAUGUACGACCCCCAGACGGAGGAAGCCGACCUCUUGCAGAGCAACGAAAUCGUCCUGCAGUUUCUUGCCUUCACCAGGAUCCCGCAGGGCCCCGCGGCUGCCGAGACGCGGCCGGAAAGCGCCUACUUCACCUUCCAGUUCUACCGCUUCCCUCCGGUCACGACGCCGCGGCUGCAGCUGGUCAAGCCGGAUUCCUCCAGAGCGGCUUCUCCCGGCGCCUCCACACACCUUUUGGUCCAGAUUAACCAAGAUGGAACCCUGAACCUCGGCUCCCCGGGUUUCCAGCUGCGGUAUAUGGUGGACCCCGGAUUCCUGAAGGCCGGGGAGCAGCAGUGGUUCCUCCGCUACCUGUCCCAGCAUUCCCUGCACAUCGACGCCUGGGACGGGGACUCCUUGCUCCUGCUUGGAUCCACGGCCGUGAAGAUGAAGCACCUUCUCCGCCGGGGCCGGACAGCCGUCCAAGUCCACCACGAGCUGGAGGUCCUCGCCAUGGAGUACAAGCAAGACGCGACCGUGGCGAGUGGGGACGCUUUCCAGCACGGGUCCGUGAAGCCCAUCGGCGUGGAGGCUUCGGUCAGAGGCCGCCUGCACCUGAGCCUGGCCAACAUCGGCCACCUCUGUGAGCAACGGCUGAGAAAGUCCCCCGCUUUGCCGGCCUCUCGCUCUCGCGUCGUCUCCUCGCACGACGGGACCAGCGGCUUCCACGGCGGCAGCCUGCUCUCCCUCAACACGCCCGCAGCGGGGAACGUGUGCCAGGCCCAGAAGCUGGCCGACAUGGACAGCGAGCUGGCGGCCAUGCUCUUCUCCCGCCUGCGCGAGGCCAGCGCCGCCUUCCAGCACAGCAGCCGCGAGGCCAGCGCGACCCGGAGGCGGAAGAUGGAGCGGAUGCUCUCGGUCCGGAGGCGGGAGUCCCAGGAGGGAGGCGGCGGGAGGAAGAAGGCCAGCCUCAUCCUGGGUCGCCACGAGGACCGCGUCCAGCACUCGCGGGACCUGCAGCUCAUCGAGGCCUACCGGGAGCGCAUCAAAGCCGAGAGCAUCGCCGGCAUGCUGAGCCACGCCAUCACCUCCCGCCACACCCUCUACGCCACCUUCGGCACCGCACAGUUCUUCGAGUUCGCCCUGAAAAACCCCUACAACGUCCAGCACACGGUCACCAUUGAGAGCGACAGCCCCGAACUCAGUGUCAUUGUGGACACCCGAGAAUGGAAGCAUUUUAAGGAGCUGACCCAGACGGUCACCCCGUUGGAGGAGGAGAUGUUCCACCUGCAGGACCACCUGGCCCCCCAGGUCUACCUGCGCCCCAAGGAGACGGUCCACGUCCCCUUCAAGUACCAGGCCUUCUGCGUGGACUCCGCUGCCGUGAUGCAGCCUGUUUGCGCUCAACCCCGAAGGAGGCUUCUCUUUUCACCUCCGCGCCUUCCCUUUGAUUUCCAGCAAGGUCCUGCAGAGCUGACAUUCUGCGAAGGCCAGAAGGACACCUCCGCCGGCUCCUGGAAGCCCAGCGGCUCACAGACGAAACACAUCAAGGUCUCCUUCACGGCCAAUGGGGGCAAGCCCCUCGCCCUCCUCCGCGUCAGCGUCGAACCCCAGCCCCACAUCGUGGACCAGACCUUCCGCUUCUAUCACCCGGAGCUCACCUUCCUGAAGAAGUCCAUCCGCCUGGCCCCGUGGCACACACUCCCAGGAGCUCCUGUGGGGAUGCCGGGCAGAGAACCGGAGGUGUUUGUCCGCUGCAGCGAUCCCAACAUCAUCUGCGAAACCAAGAAAAUGGGCCCCGGCGAACCACAGGAUGUCUUUCUGAAAGUCGCCGGAGGGCCCAGUCCGCAGAUCAAGCAGUUCUUUGUGGCCAUUUACACGGAUCCCUGGCUGGCGGCUCCGACCCAGAUCUGGCAGUUCUACCUGCAUUCCUUGCAACGGGUCGACGUGAGCUGCGUGACGGGGCAGCUGACCCGGCUCUCGUUGUUGCUGCGCGGGACGCAAAGCCUCCGGAAGGUGCAGGCCUACUCCUCCCACCUGCAGGAGAUGAAGGUGGACCCGGAAGGCGCCUUCAUCCUCCCGGCGAACGGGGUCCAAGACCUGCACCUGGGCAUCAGGCCCCACGUCGCAGGGAACCGGUUCAUCUACCUCAACCUGGUGGACGUGGAGUACCACCAGCUGGUCUCCUCCUGGUUGCUGUGCCUGUCCUGCCGGCAGCCCCUCAUCUCCAAGGCCUUCGAAAUCGCGCUCCCCGCCGGAGGAGGGAAAGGCUCCAACAAGAGGAUCACCUACGCCAACCCCUAUCCGUCCCGGAGGAUUUAUUUCCUCCACACCAACCGCCCAGACUUGCUGCAGUUCAAGGAAGAUUCCUUCGAGAUCGGCGGAGGCGAGACCUACACCAUCGGCUUACGCUUUGCUCCGAGCCAGAGCUCCGGCCAGGAAGAGAUUCUCAUUUAUAUCAACGAUCGGGAAGACAAGAAUGAAGAGGCCUUCUGUGUGAAGGUCACCUACCAGUAGUAGGGUGUGUGUGUGUGUGUGUCUGUCUGUCUGUCGUCCUAUCCGUCAAACUCCCCAGAGGCCUUCUGGUCUUCUGCCCCGAGUCAUCCCUUGGCCAAGGGUCUGUUUGUCUUGUGUUGCCACGUACACUUCCGCCUGCAUCCAAUCCAAUCUUUUUGGAUUGAUAAAUCCAUGAAGUUUCACUCAUUUUGGGAAGGUCACCAAGGCUCACCAACUUCCGACGUCAACAAUCCAAGUGUCUCGGGUUCGGCUUCGUUUUCUAGCCUUAUUCUCUUUAUACUUUUCAAGAUACUUGGUUUGUAUUUUUAUAUAUAAAAAAAUAAUUGUUGUUAUGUUCACGCAUAGCACCGCCUUAUGUUUCAACUCCUCCAACAACGGGAGUGGGGUGAGCUCCCACUGUUAGCCCCAACUUCUGCCAACCUAAUAGUUCGAAAACAUGCAAAUGUGAGUAGAUCAGUAGGUACCGCGCUGUUAAUUUGGUGCCAUAUCUUCCUUCUUUUAUUUGGGCAGUUUAAUGCAUUAACAUUAUUUGAAUAUACAGUAGAUUCUCACUUAUCCAACAGAAUGUUGAAUAAGCGAGUAUUUUGGAUAAUAAGGGAUUAAGGAAAAGCCUAUUAAACAUCAAAUUAGAUUAUUAUUUUACAAAUUAAGCACCAAAACAUCAUGUUAUACAACAAAUAUGAAAGAAAAGGUAGUUCAAUACGCAGUAAUGCUAUGUAGUAAUUACGGUAUAGUAGAGCCUCACUUAUCCAAGACUCGCUUAUCCAACGUUCUGAAUUAUCCAACUCAUUUUUGUAGUCAAUGUUUUCAAUAUAUUGUGAUAUUUUGGUGCUAAAUUUGUAAAUGCAAUUCUCCGGCCGAGCAAAUGAUUUCUGGAGGCAGGAAUGGGUCGGAUGCUUCUGCCCCAAGGAGGCCAGGGAUGGGAUCUCCGUCUCGGAAGCCCUGGGCGCAGGUAGCAAAGGAAACCAGCAAGCUGGAAAAUGAGGAAGGCUUUGUUGGUUAAUAACCGCCUCUCUCGUUUCAUCUGGGAAGGGAAAGAAAGGCACGGGGAGGAGGAAAACGAAGUGAGAACAGUUGUUUGGAUUAAGGCAGAGAAAAGCUUCCUUUGGCCAGGAAGUAUUAAACCUCGGCGGCACGAAAGCCAAAUUGCAGAAUUAACUGAGGCUUAAAACCCGUCCGUCUGAAGGUCAGUGACAAAGCCGCCUGGAUGGCCUCACCUGAGUGAGGAUAAUUUCACACAGUGAAAUGGAGUAAGUUGGAAAGAGAGAGACCUCCCUUUGCUGGAUGUAUUAGAACAGCUUCGCCUCUGAAGGAUGUGUGAAUUGCUUGCACCGGAUUCCAGAUCUCAACUUCGACGAGCCCGUAACGGGUCCGCAUCUUGGGCGGCUUUCUGCCUGAAAUCCCGCAAAGUCAGCCUAAGUCAGAGCAGUAUUACUAAGUCAGAGACGAAUGGCCUUGCGUGGUUUGAGGCAAGUCUUGAGACAGAGAGAGAGCCGAGCAUCAAUCAGGCAGGUAUCGGGGUUGUCUGAAGUGUCACACGGAUGUAGCCCGAGGCGCCCGGCUUCCUAUAACGGUCUGGAAAUAACAAGGCUGAUUAACGGCCUCGCUCAGAACUUGGGACAACAUGGAAACUGAGCCUUGAAGGAUGGAGCAUGAAGGACGUGCCAAAAGCAUGGCCUGAAAGGAGCACCACGUCCCGGUGCGGGAGGAAGCGGAGACGGGCAGCUGGACCAAAAGCCCUGGGUAUUCUCGAAUGGUAGGGUUGGGAGAGUCCGUGUGCAUCCAACACGGUUUAAUUAAAGCAUCCUCAUUAUGCCCGGGAAGUCGGCCUCUCCUCUCCUCUCCCGCCUCCUCUCACAAAAUUAAAGUCUCCGGCUAUUUCAAUUCGGGGUGAGCAGAUUUUCCACGUAAUGAGUAGGUUUGUCCUUGAUGGAAAUCAUUAUCUUAGUCCAUUAGCACACAGGGAAAACAUGGUCUCUUUUUUCUUCCUACGGUGGAAACAAACAAUGAUUAAGCCAAACAGAAAUAGGAUUUAAUAACGCUUUUACGGGGCCACCAAAGUCUCAUAAAAAGGAAAGCUAUCGUGUUCUCGAGGAGGGUCGUAAAACAACCAAACAGCAACCGAAAACCGAUGAAUCUGGGUCAAUCCUGCUCUGAGGAUUUCUCAGCCCCAUUGAUCCACAUCUAAGGGGAAAUGCAUGCCCUCCCAACAUUUCACAACUUGCGUGUUCUGAAGAAGAAACCACAGAAUGUGUGGAAAAGGCUCUUGAGAUAACAAGUCCCAAACAGUGAAAAUCGUCAAUCCCGAAUUCUCCUUCUCGCCACACUUACGACACACACUUGUUCAACCAUUUCUGGGGAAAUAAAUCAGGAUCUUCUUCUCCUUCUCUUACCCAAGUUGGAGAAGACAAGAAUGAUUUCCUUCCGUCGCACCAGAGUUUCUUUAACCUACCCAGCUGGGUACGGUGCCCAUCCUUCACUUUCCGGGCCCGACGACGGAAGAAGAGCCGGCGUGACGGAGGAAGAUUAACCGUCCGGCUCCGGCGUCUCCUCUGUCUUCCUGGCGGAUUAGCCUGAUGAAUUAGCCGCCCUCAUUAAUGCCUGCGCCCGUCCCCCUGAAACUGAUGGGAAGCGACAGCUAAUAUUUUGUCAAAAUCAUUAGACUGUCCAGCCUGCACAGAGGCCCUUCUUGCUUCGGUUAUUAAAGUAGAUUAGCUGAAUAAUUUUCAUUACAUUUUCUCAAAAUAUUUCCCGAGGAUUAUGAGCGAGCAGGACGUGAGCCCCUGACCCCGUCGGCCACAAAUCACCAAAGGUAGAUGGCCGCUCUUUGUAAGGAUAUUUUCUUCCCACCUUCUUUGGGAAGAGGAAGGAAAAGUAUGCAUUCAGGUGAAAAAGAGAGCAGGACAUUGGAAGCAAAAGAAUGGAUUCUCACAAAAUAUUUCCUCAUUUCUAGAUAACGGCACUUGGGUUGUUGUUUCCCUCCUCCUCCUCCUGUGCCUUCAGGUUAUUUAUGGUGGACCUUGGGUGGUGAAGAACACCUUAGGCAACUCUUCUAAGAUCUGGAUUACAUUUGGGAGUGGAUUUGCUGCCCCACCAAAUAUAGGAACUAGGCUUGUGCCUAGUUUCGGAAAUCGGAAGAAAAUCGGAAGUUUUGUAAGUCAGAAGCCAUCUCCAAAGCGUUUGACCCCAUACUUUUUGAGUAUGAAUUACAUUUGGGAGUGGAUUUGCUGCCCCACCAAAUAUAGGAACUAGGCUUGUGCCUAGUUUCGGAAAUCAUAAGAAAAUCGGAAGUUUUGUAAGUCGGAAGCCAUCUCUGAAGAAUUUGACCCCAUACUUUUUGAGUGACUCUUUUAAGAUCUGGAUUAAAUUUGGGAAUGGAUUUGCUGCCCCACCAAAUAUAGGAACUAGGCUUGUGCCUAGUUUCGGAAAUCGUAAGAAAAUCGGAAGUUUUCUAAAUCGGAAGCCACCUCCGAAGCCUUUGCGUGGCCCACACCAAAUAUUUUAGAAUCGAAACUGACCCCAUACUUUUUAAAAAUUUUGUCAUCUCAGAAGGCCACAUAUGCCUUGGUUUCUGUCAGGUUCUCUUCUCCCAGUUGUGCUGUAGGUCAGUCUUCCACCAGAAGAAAGCACCAAGACACACGCUGGUAGAUUCCAACAGGUUUUAUUGUACAGAAUACCAGAACCUUCUCUUUAGCCCAUUUGUAUAGGGGCUCUCACAUACCAGAGGGUAAUUGAAGUUUUAUGGCUGGCAUCUGAUCUUUGUCAGCCGGCCGGAGAUGUCAAAGAUUGGAGAUCAUGACAGUUUCCUUAGGUGAAGUAUAGGAGGAUAUUGCUGUGCUCCCUUAGGAUUGCAGUCCCACAACAUUGGGAGACCCACGUGAGUCUCAACACUGAUUCCGGUCUGCAAAGUCUCAUGUUAGUCUGAAAGCGAGGAGUGCGACUUAGAAAAGGGUGAGAUGUUGAGCCCAGAGAGCAAGAGAGGGACCCGAAGACCCACAGGUGCCCACGCUUGGUGUAUUCUUUGUGGGACUCUUGAUCUCCACAAGCCAGGCGUUGCGAACGAGGACGCCUCGGCUAGAGGGACCUCCGCCAUAUCUCCCUCGUUUCCUCUACUCCGGGCAAAAAAGACAGGCGCAAAUUGAGAAGUCAUUUCAGCCUUGAAAAGAUGAAACACGGGCAUUUAUCAAAGCGAAGCUGAAGGCAGGAAGGAUCCCGAAUAAGAGCACAGCUGUGGCACCGCAAACGGGAGUUGAUGAAUGGCUUCGCCCGACUAAUCCGCUUCUCCGUGGCUCUUUCUGCAGCUGCGGGUGGAGAGAAAAGGCCUGGGGGACGGGUUCGAGGGCCUUUUUUGGCUCCUGUCGUUAUGGACAGGCGUUUGUGACAGCGGCAGAUAUCAGGAAUCACAGAAAUUAGCCACCAAAGAAUGGCACAGUUCGCAGGGGACGGAGUUCUCUUUUUCUUCAGUUGUUGCUUCAACCCCGUCUUGUAUCCAUCAAGAAACAAGCUUUCCAAGGUGUUGUAUCUUGUCACCCAUUUAGUUAGCUAAACUCCGGGGUGGAUUCCCUGCCCCACUCAACUGGGGUGACGGAGGGUUAAUAGGGUUUGCCUCUUGAAACGCCAGGGCCCGGCACUGCGAGAAACCAAUGUUCGCCGACGAUAUACUGAAUGCCGUAAUAAACCCUUGGCUUUUUAUAUA